UCUUGCAGUCACUCUCCGUCGGCGCGUUUGCCUGAUGCGCAGCGCCUCCCCAACUGGUCUCUCACUUUGACAAAUUCCUGGACGUGAGCUGGGUCUGCUGAGUGGCUCCUGGCUCGUAAAGAUGAUACCUUGAAUAUUUUACAAGUUGAACAGCUCUAGCCACAUCUUUUUUACGCCCUCCUCCACUGAUAGGCGAUCAGUCUGGAAGGACACAAUGGUACUGUGGUCAUUUUGGAGUUUUUGUCUUUUGACUUUCGUGUUGCUCGACCCCUUUCACUCCAAGUUUGGGGCUCAAGCGGAAAUAAGUUCUCCCAGGGCAAACGAUAGAUUUUAUCGUCUGGAGGUCAUGCCGCUGGAAGUACGCGUCAAAGUGUCACCCAAAGUCGACAAUUGCACAAAAGUUUUAAAUGGUUAUGAGACGGAAGCAGACGGUGCUGCGAAUCCGAACAAUGGCAAGCAAGAGGGGAAUGAAACACAGAGCGGACCGAGACACGAAGCACCGAGCGUCGUUGAAACGGCACCAAACUAUCACAGUCGGCUCAAAAUACCUGGUAAAAAGUAUGGCAACAUUUCCACGGACAACCAACCUACAGCGAAUAUUUUUCCCAGAAAGAAGGUUAAAAGGAGCGCGGGUCCGACGUUCAGCGAAAAUGUGGAUAGGAGUAUAAGUGGAGAAGCGCAGUCAAGAGGGAGAUUUGUGGAGACUGUCCAAGGUGUUUCCAACUCCAGAGCCGAAUACCGGCGCGGAGGGGAGGAAGCCAGAGUGUCUAACCCGAGACAGAGUGAGCCUCACCUGGACACCUCUACUUUUGCUCUAUCGGGAGACUCGGCACACAACCAGGCGAUGGUGCACUGGUCCGGACACAACAGCAGCGUGAUCCUGAUUUUGACUAAGCUGUAUGACUUCAACCUGGGGGCUGUUACUGAAAGCUCACUCUGGAGAUCCACUGAUUAUGGAAGCACCUACAUCAAACUCAAUGACAAAGUGGGUUCAAGGACGGUUUUAAGUUACCUGUACGUCUGCCCAACCAACAAACAGAAGAUAAUGAUGCUUAGCGACCCAGAGGUAGAGAGCGCUGUUCUCAUCAGUUCAGAUGAAGGGGCAAGCUUUGAGAAGCAUCCCAUUAACUUCAACAUCCUGAGCCUGCUCUUCCACCCGGCACAGGAGAACUGGAUGCUGGCUUACAGUCACGACCGCAAGCUGUACAGUUCAAUGGACUUUGGGAGGAAGUGGCAGCUUGUUCACGACAACGUGAUGCCAGGCCGAUUCUACUGGGCGGUAAUGGGGCUGGACAAAGAAUCAGAUGUGGUCCACAUCGAGACGCACAUUGCGAAAGGCCGCGCUCAGUACGUGAAGUGCAGAGCCCAGCGAUGCACAGAAGGCAACAGACAGUACCUCUUUCCUGGACACGUAGACACCAACUCACUGGUUGUGCAGGACGAAUAUGUUUUCACGCAGGUAACCAAGGCAGGACGAGCCAGCUACUUUGUCUCCUACAUGAGAGAAUCCUUCAAGCGGAUGAAAUUACCUAAAUAUUGUCUACCAAAGGACAUGCAUAUCAUCAGUACAGAUGAGAAGCAGGUCUUUGCUGCAGUCCAGGAGUGGAAUCAGAACAACACUUACAGCCUGUAUAUCUCCGACUCCCCUGGGGUCUACUUUACCCUUUCAUUAGAGAAUCUGAGAACCAGCAGAGGACCUGCCGGUAACCUACUGGUCGACUUUUAUAAGGUUGAGGGGAUAAAUGGCAUGUAUCUCGCCAACAAACUGGUGGAUAAUCACAUCAAGACUUUUAUCACCUACAACAAGGGACAAACAUGGGCCCUUCUGCCAGCUCCUGCCUCUGAUGUGGCUGGAAAUAACCUUCACUGCAUUCUGCCAUUUUGCUCGCUGCAUCUUCAUCUGGAGAUGGUGGAGAAUCCCUACACGUCAGGACCCAUCACCAGCAAAAAGUCUGUACCAGGAAUCAUUGUGGCUACAGGGAAUAUCGGUACAGAGCUGUCCUCCACCAACCUUGGGAUGUUUAUAACAUCAGAUGCAGGGAAUAGCUGGAGACAGAUUUUUGAUGAAGAGUACAACAUUUGGUUUCUUGACAAUGGCGGGGCUCUGCUGGCAGUCUUACAUGCAGCUACGCCAAUCCGACACUUGUGGAUCAGUCUCGAUGAAGGAAAGAAGUGGGAUCGUCACAGUUUUUCCUUGGCGCCUCUGUAUGUGGAUGGUGUUUUAAUGGAACCAGAAUCUGACAAUCACAUUAUCACUUUCUUUGGACACUUCAGCCAUCGGUCAGAGUGGCAGCUGAUCAAGAUCGACUACAAGGGACUCUUUAGCAGGAGAUGCAUGGACGGAGAUUAUCAGACAUGGCACCUGCACAACAAGGGAGAGCUGUGUGUGAUGGGGGAGAAGCAGAUCUUUAUGAAGCGCAGGCCAGGCAACCGUUGCAUGCUGGCUCAGGACUACUCCAGGAUCUAUUCCUCAGAGCCAUGCCUCUGCACAGCCUAUGAUUUUGAAUGUGAUUAUGGGUGGGAGCGCCAGGCGGAUGGGAAGUGCUCCCCUGCUUUUUGGUUUAAUCCAAAUGGUGCGGCUAAAAGCUGUAGCACCAGCCAAAGCUUCCUUAACAGCACAGGGUAUCGGAAGGUUUUGUCCAAUAACUGUAAGGAGGGAGGAAAGAACGUGUAUUCGCCCAGGAGGCAGGCGUGUCGUCCCAGACCACCUCGAGGCCUCCGUCUGUCCACCAGUCAAGGAGAGCUCAGUUCCACUGUUGGAAGUAACGUUACUUUCAUGGUUUACCUUGACGAUGGAGACUCGCUGAGAACCAGCAUUCAGCUAGACUUUGGGGACGGCAUCAAGAUCACAUACUCUAACCUGAGCAGGACUGAUGAUGGCAUCAAGCACAUCUACAGAACGACUGGGAUUUACCGAGUGACAGCUUCAGCUGAAAACAGCCAGGGAUCUGACAGCAGCACACUGUUUUUACACAUCACCAGUCCAGUGGAGCGUGUAUAUCUCUCCGCUCCUAUUGUUGCCAUCAGGGGGAAGGAGGCUAAUCUGACCGCAGUGGUGUGGCCGAGUCACACCAGAACAUUGACCUUCUUCUGGUGGCUUGACAACAGCUCUGAGCCCAUUAUAACCUUGGAGGGAAGCAUCUCUUACACGUUUCACAGAGAGGGAAAAAACAAGGUCACGGUCCAGGUUGCUUCUGGGAGCACCGUAAUGCAGGAUUCAAAAGUUAUAACUGUUAAAGAGUUCUUCAGGUCGCUGCUGUUGUCGUUCUCGCCAGCGCUUGAUGAGCACAAUCCUGACAUCCCCGAGUGGAGGGAGGACAUAGGCCGUGUGGUGCGGACAGCUCUGUCACAGGUGUCCGGGGUUUCUGAAGAUCAACUUCUGGUAUCUCUGUACCCAGGACUUCCAACCACUGCAGAGCUCUUUAUCCUGCCUGAUGAGCAUACAUCAAGUGAGCACAAGAGAAGGAGCGAGGAGGCUUUGGAGACGAUAUCAGAUAUUUUUGUCACUGCCCUGAACCAAGGCCUGAUCCAGUUUGAACUGAAAGCUGAUAUCCGCAUCAUUGUGUAUAUGACUCACCAAACUUUGGCACCACUUGUGGAUUCAAACACCAUCCACAGUGGGUCUGCCAUGCUGAUGCUGCUCACUGUGGUAUUUGUUGGUUUAGCCGCAUUCUUCAUCUACAAGUUCAAAAGAAAAUUACCUUGGAUCCACGUUCAGACUGAGGACAGUCAUGAGAAAGAACCGGAAGUGAUCAGCACAGUCGGUCAGAACGACAACAUGACCAAGGUGAAGCUUAGUGAGUUUCCCUCUCCAAAAGAACUCAUGGCGAAGGAUCUGGAGACCAGGAGCCGAGGCGGAAUUGGAAGAAAUAUGGAGAGAAUUGUUACAAGGGAAUUUCCAAAUUGUACUAAUGUCUAAGACAUGCGCUCUGUUACUGAGUAAGUACAGACUGUUGUGUUACAAUUGUGCUGAAAUUGUUUGCUUUGUUGGCAUUGUUUUUAUUUAUUUACUUCACGCUGAUAGCUGCUAUAGUUCAAAGUCAUGUUUUUAACUCACAUGGAUAGAUUAAGUAUCUAGUUUACAAUAUUUGAUGAAGAUCAAUACACCGAGCCAGACUCUAGGCUUCUAGUUUGAGGGCGGUGAAUCACUGAAAUUGGCUGAUAACUAUAUUGCCCGGCACAGAAUGUCCAAUUAGCAUUAGGAAUCCCUCGCUCUUUACCACCGCCACAGAUGUGACAUUCCUAAUUUGGGUGUGUUAUGAAGAUUCAGCUGAUGAUCCCUCUGACAUCAAUAUGGUUCUUUAUUAGGAUCAUAUAUGGAUAGGAGCCGCAGACUGUGUCACUAAAAUAAAAUACCUCAAAAGCUUUGACGAUGGGCUACUGUAAGAAACUUUCUGAGAAGAAUAAUUUUAUCAUGUAAAUGAGAAAACAUUAGCACAAGAGAAAGAAUGUAUAGGUUUUGUUGCAUAAGUUUGAUAAAGUCACUUCAAGUUCGGCAUUGAAUCUAAAUUGCAUGAGUCACUUUAUGGAUAUUUUGGCCCUCAAGGGAUAUUCUAAUAUUGUCCAGGGUUUGAAAAUCAGAAACUAAUUUAACAUAAUAAAAAUGUUUCUGAAAUCUCACAGUACUUGUUAAUAAUGCCUCCCUCUAUCGCACAAACUGAACCAACAGGCUAUAAAAUUGGUCAAGUGUAACCUUCCUAUAUAUUUAUUUAUUUCUUUUUUGGUAUUAUUUUUGCCUCAGUUCCUUACAUCCUGAAUGAAUAAUACAACUCAAACCAGAGAGUUGUCAGUGAAGGCAGAACACAUGUUGCUGUACCGCCAUACAGCAGAAAUAUAAUUAAUAGGCCAUUUUAGCUUUAGUUAUAUUCCUGUAACGACACUUUUAACUUUACACCCUGGAUAAAUUUUUAACAUUUACCGCCCUAUAACUAGAGGUCUCUGAGUUGUAAAUAUAAUGAAUAUAUAUAUAAAAAUGUCAAAAUCUGAUUGUUGUGAAUGCUUCUAAGAAAGAAAUGUGUUGUUGGUUUUGCUCUGUGAGAUAACAUGGUGCUUUCAAUGACUGUCUCUCAGAUGAUGGUACACAACAAAACCAUGAUAUAUAGACAUGAAAGUCUGGCCUUUGAAGUGGAAAUACUGACAAUUUGUACAUAGAAUAAGAUGGAAUGUAAAUCUACAUGGUAGCUUCAUCCUACUUUAUUGUAAAAUCAACCCACUGAACAGGCAGUAGUAUGUUUCCAUGACCCUUAGUCUCACAACAAGCCGUAUGUCCUCUUUUUUAUUUAUUUUUUACAGUAGCAUGCCCUAAUUAUCUGUGAUAAAAGACUUAAGACUACAUUAGGGUGAGCAAGUACUGUAAAUAUAUAUAUCAUGGUGAUUUUAAAGUUUACUUGACACAUUAAACUAAUUAUUAAACACCCUGUCUAAUAGUCUAGUUGUGCAAUUUCCCAAAAGUUGUGCAUGAUCUAUGAUAUUGUUCCUUUUUGUCGAUGAUAUAAAAACCGUCUUGUUUUAAAUCAUAUUUCUUACUGUGAACAAAUUGCCAUUUUGAAAAUGUUCAAAAUAAAUGUAUUUUUAUAUGGAAUUAUGUUUUUCUAUUAUG